CGCCACCUGCGGGACGACGUUGCGAAACAGAAACUGUUGGAGCGCGGGGCGGAAGAGUUGCUGCUCUUUGAAAUGAAGCGGAGAAAAAUGAUGAAUGCUAGCGCUGCCUCCGCCGCCUCCGCCAGUACUUCUACAGGUGCUGGCGCGAAGAUGAAAGAAGUGGAAAAGAAGCAGAAGAAAUCGUCUGACUCGCGGGGCAGUCUGAUCUCCCGCGUCAUUUACGCGGCCGAUCACGAGCCCGUCACUUCGGCGCAGAGAAUAUGAAAGUGCACAACUCCCCCUCCCCCUCAUUUGUCAUGCAAAAUACCCAAUCCACCCGUUGCUUCUUGGCACUGUUUGCAUGACAAGUUCUGGUAGCCCAAAUAGCACUAUACUCCGGCGCAAAUCUGUGUCUGUCAUGCAAAACUGGCAUUCUUGCUGAUGCUUGUAUUGCCGUUCAUGCUAUAGAAAUGAGGGGGAGGGGUAGUUGUGCAUUGUCAUAGAGAAAGCCGCUGUUUCGGGGUAGCAAGCACGAGUCGCCGCGGAGCAGAGUGCGGAAGGCCGAGGGGUCGCAGGGUAAUAAGCGCGACCUUCUGGAUAUGCAUUCUUGCAAAAGUAUCGUACUAGUAUAAACCGCAUGACAAAUGACAAAUUGAAAUUUCCUCAGCAACAGCAUGUAUGAGGAAUAAAAUUUGUAAAAUUAUGCGGAUUUACCUUGAGAGUGAGAUUUGUAUAUGCAUGAAUGCGUAUGCGAUUACUAUUACGAGUGCGAUACUUUUGCACAGGAUACUGGACGAGGAGUAUGGUGGUGAGGACGCCUAUCUCGAUCUGCUGCGGCAGUUAACGGAGGGAACCACGACGGAGCUGGUUCACGGGUUGGAGGUCACGGUCGACAACAAGGUGCAGGAGCUCUCCGACGCGCAGCGUGACAAGCUGGCGGCGCUGCUGCGGCAGAAGAGCGAGAUGGAGAGGAGGCGGCUGUAUGGGCCGGUGGAGGUGGAUGAAGGAGUGGACGGCAAGAAAAUCGAGGGGGCUAGUACCUCCAAGGGAGGAAGAGGACAUAGGAGAAGUUCCUCCCGAAGGAGCCCUGGACCUUCGCAAGAGCGUGCGGGUGGAAGAAGUAGGAGAUCAUCUCGAAGUCUUCAGGACCAGCAGGACCACGGCCGAAGAAAGUCUGCGCAGCAUCCCUUCCGGCCGGGGGCGGAAAACUAUGAUUACCAGGAGGAGCUUAUGCAAGAAAAAAACUGUGUAAGUGUAACUUUCUUGGAGGAACAGCAUCACAAGUUUGCUCUGCAUGGCACAGAAAACCUCCUGUCAUGCGUUCCUAGUACGUGAAUGUGAAAACACGUACAAAAAGAGCCCCUUACGCAUGUCCAGCAUGACAGGUGUAAGUGUCUUGCAUCGUCUGCAACACGAAUUUACACUUACACAGUUUUUUUCCUGGAUAGAGCUUGCGAAAGCAAACCGCCGGACAAGAGCGUCGGAUGUAGUUGUUGCCCAAAGAACUACUGCUCAGCCGCAAAACAUGAAACAUCCGCGCGCUUCUUCCUCCUCGUCGUCCAAAAUGCAGCAGGUCCUCGAGGAAAAGUUUCGAGCGCAAGAAGAGACGAAGCGCAAGUCGAUAUCAAAGAUUCGCACCUCGGCCGCGACACACUCCCGGGCCAGCCGCUCAGCGUCCGUGCCGAAGGGGAGGAAGAAAAAAGAUUCUUCUUUAUCGCGAGGGAAAAAUAAGUAACUCCCUCUCAGAAUGAAAUACACGCCAUUUUGAAACGGCAUGGCAUGCUUCUGAAAUAAAUUUGUGAUCAUGUUGAUUUGUGGCCACAGAUCGCGUCUGAAUUGCAAGAAGGCAAAUGUACUAGCAAGUCCGCCGCAUUUUUUAUGCAGGCGCUUUGGGAAGAUGCUGUUAGCCCUACGUACACGGCGGACGUUUAUUGUCGUGCUAGGCACCUAGUACCUCACAACAUCACUGUCCAAGCGUUGCGUCUCCCUGCAGUCUUCUACUGAAAGGCAAUAAAGCUGCUGACUUGGACUUGCGUAGUACACAAAUCCCGAAGCACCGACUUCCUGUUUUUUUGAUAUUGGGAGGUUGGAUUUUUCAUUAUGAUGCUCUACUGCAUCAUCCUCUCUCACGGGAGCGAGCUCGAAGGACGUGGACGUGGACCAGCAGGCGAAAGAGACGGAGAUGGUCACCGAGUACGAGCAACAGCUGCCGGCGCGACUAGAGAUGCGCGACCAUGUGGACGAUUCGCAGCUCUUGCAGGAUCAUGCUGAGGCCUCUUUACUACAGCAGCAAGUGCAGCAAGUUUCUUCGUCUGGUAGAAACAAGAAACAACCCCGAAGCAGACGCAAAGCAGAGGGCGAGGUGCAGCACCCGUUUCUUGCGGAGUCCGGGGAUCCCCACGACGAAGAGGAAAUGCUGCUGACGCAGCUCGGCUAUCCAUUGCAAAGAUGAGUCUACUGGGUCGGGAAGGGUGGAAUUUGUAUAUGCGAAUUUCACAACACACAUAAGAUCUCUCAUGCAUGGACAGCAAAGCUUAAGCUUCCGCUUGCCCAUUUAUUUUUGUCCCCGGCAAUAAAGCAGUUGACACGUCAUGCGGUUUAGGCACCAUCGGCGCACCUUCUCAAACCUGUAACGCUAGCUAGACCUUGCAUGCCACACCUGCUGGGUCAUGGAAAAACAGCAUGACAAAUAUCUGCAAGACAUCCUUCCAGACCCAGACAUAUUGGCACUGCAUAUCGGCGAUCGCAGUCCGCAGUUGCUGGGCGAGUUCAAGCACGCAAUGGCCAAGAUUCCGGACGUGUUCG